CGUUCCGCUCUCUCUCUCCUGCUCCGGUUUCCCGGUGAAUGAUAGCCUAUCAACCGAGCGGUUUGCCUAUUCCGUACAGAGCAAAAGACCACGCUUAAAAAGAGAGGCGCAUCUUCAAAUCGCACUACUGGGCUACAGAAACGACAGCCAGAGCACAUUGGAACUAGGGGUAGAUUACCAACGGCAACACAUUUUUUUAAGUUUCACCUGUGGCGGGAGCACAUUGAAAGCACAACCUGAGGACUGUUUAUUCAAUUUGAACGGAUUUAGCGAACAUAAGUGACUACACUGCCCGGCGGAUGAUAAGCGUUCGGGACCGGGGUUGUUGUUUUCGCGGGGAAUCAGGUUAACAUUACCAGAGCAAGAUGAAGUCGGCAGGGGUGGUGGAAGGAGGACUGUUCACAGAGAGUUACUGCAACAUCUGUAACGCCCAGCUCAUCUCCGAGUCGCAACGCACAGCACACUAUGAGAGUAAAAAACAUGCCAACAAGGUCCGUCUCUUUUACAUGUUACACCCAGAAGACGGUGGCCCACCGUCCAAGAGACUGAGACCAGACAACCCGGGCAGUGCAGAGACAGAGGUGGACAGGAAUAAGUGCUGUACUUUGUGUAAUAUGUUCUUCACGUCGGCCAUCGUGGCCCAGUCUCACUACCAGGGAAAGACACAUGCUAAGAGAGUACGACUGGUACUGGGAGAAACACCCAGCAUACCUACUGCUACUCCGGUCUAUCAGGUACCACCUCCACGCACCAGCCCUCCGGUGGCAGCCCCCCGCACCAGGCUGUCUCUCCGGAAGUACUGCUGUCUGUGUGGAGCCUGGUUCAACAAUCCUCUGAUGGCCCAGCAACACUACGAGGGGAAAAAACAUCGCAGGAAUGCAGCCAGAGUGCGACUACUGGAGCAGCUAGCUGGCAGUCUGGACGCUACUGAAACUACAGGCCUCCGCAGCAGUUACUCCUGCAGUGUAUGUAGUGUGGUGUUGAACUCCAUUGAACAGUACCAUGCUCACCUCCAGGGCUCCAAGCACCAGAACAACUUGAAGCAGGUCCAGCAGUAAAGCACUGGGACCAGAGACCUGUGGACAUUUGGAAAAUGCUAAUACUAAACAUGGGAGUAAGGAGCUUGGUAAAAUGAAGACUCGCCUUGGGAAUAUUGGUUCUUUUGGAAUUUUGGAAGACUGAGAAACUUCUACAGAGGGCUCAGGAGUGUGUGUGUGUGUGUGUGUGUGUGUGUGUGUGUGUGUGUGUGUGUGUGUGUGUGUGUGUGUGUGUGUGUGUGUGUGUGUGUGUGUGUGUGUGUGUGUGUGUG